AUGGCUUCUAACCAGGGUAUUCCCAACCAGGGUAUUCCCAACCAGGGUAUCCCCAACCAGGGUAUCCCCAACCAGGAUAUCCUCGACCAGGAUAUCUCCGACCAGGAUGUCUCCAUGGAGGAUGUCUCGGAUGCCUUCGUACAGGAUGCUCCUUAUAACCGGGCUGCGUGGCUUACUGGAAGAUCGGCUCGUCCCCUCAUGGUCGGUGCGGCACCGUACACACCUCCAUCCGCCCACCAAAUCGUUGUCAAGAAUGGUGCUGUGUCUGUCAAUACCGUUGAAUGUACCAAGCAGUUGGAGGGCAACAUGAUGUCCCCCCGGAUCAAGUACCCCUUCGUGCUCGGAAACGAUUGUGCCGGUGAAGUUGUGCAGGUUGGAGACAUGGUUAGUCGCUUCAAGGUUGGUGAUCGGGUUCUUGCUCACGCCCUCUCCAUGGAUCCGGCCGUCAACAAGUCGUCUGAAGGUGCUUUCCAACACUACACCGUGAUCAAUGACAACAUGGCCGCAACGAUUCCCGAUUGGCUCUCUUUCGAAGAGGCUUGCGUUGUUCCACUCGGUUUCUCAACUGCCGCGACCGCCUUGUUUCAUGAGGACUACCUCAAUCUCAAUCGCCCUGGUGUCCCCCUUGGUACGGGCCCAGACUGGCUUCCUGAAGUGGUCCUGGUCUGGGGCGGAUCGACCAGCGUCGGUUGCAACGCCAUCCAGCUCGCCGCAGCAGCUGGUUACGAGGUUAUCGCCACAUGCGCUCCCAAUAACUUUCAAUAUGUCACUAGUCUUGGUGCAUCUGCGGUCUUUGAUAAUCGCGACGUCUUCUCAGUUUUCUCGAUCAUCGAACUUUGCCAUCACAAGAGAGUUGUCGGUGCUAUAGCUAUCGGAAAAAACUCGACUGAACCUUGCAUGGCAAUUCUUGCGCGGUCGAUCGGUUCGAAGUUGGUGGCCCGAGCCAAGUUCCCAUUCUCGGAAAGAAUCCCAACCACAAUCUUCCAGAAGUUUCGUUCUAUGGCAGCCUCAAUGCGUUCGAACCUUAGGAUUAAGAUCUGGUCGAAACGCUGUGGUGUGAAAACCAAGUUCAUUUCCGAUACCUCUGCGGCCCAUACCGAGGUUGGCGCUAUGGUUUAUAACCAAUUCCUCCCUGGAGCUCUUGCAACUGGGGUAUUUGUCGCCGCUCCCAAGCCGCGCGUUGUGGGGAAGGGUCUGGACCGAAUUCAGAGUGCCAUUGACUGUCACAUGAGGGGUGUGUCUGCUCAGAAGGUUGUUGUCUCGCUUUGA